UGACCGUGAUUUUUUACCAGGGCGUACAAGUAUAUCUGAAAUCAACAGGGCUAUUAUUAGCAGCAUGAAGACAGUGCUAGUUUUUACCCCUGAAGCUGUAGAAAGCCGGUGGUGCCAGACAGAGGUCGAUACAGCUAUCACUGCUGCAUAUGACAACCUCAUAGAAAUCAUUCCCAUCAAACUGAGACCAUGUGCUCUACCAGACACACUAAAACACAUCAGUUAUUUAGAUGUCUCACACUUGGAUAAGAAUCAGGCUACAGAACGUAUUCUCCAAGCUGUAGCUAAAGACACAAAGGAACCAGAAUUACCACCUCAGGUUCAACGUAAUAUGGUCACCAAUGGGUCAUACUUCAACAUUAAAAGCAAAUGGCAGAAAUGUUCCUUUGUCUUGGAUACUACUGUUGAUGAUAUGAAGAUGGGUCUCGAUGUUAGAGGCAUAGCUUUUAGCGAUCUUGAAAUAAGAGACAUCAUUGAUUCGAUCAACUCAUCAGCUUUGAUGAGACACACUUGUGUUUUACAUAUGAACUCUUCUUGUUUACCUGAUCACUUCACAAAUCACUGUGGUCUGAUAUUCACUAUUAUUUUGCUCAUUUUAUUUGCAGGCAAUGGCUUCUAUAUAUAUAUGGCCACACAAGAUAUAGUUUUACCUCUGAUUAUUCUUAUAACACUGUUUACAUUUAUCAUUCUUGCAGUAAUUGGUUUGCCACUAAGUAACACAUUGCUAAAAAUCAGUUUCAGAAACAUGCUCAGAAAUAUUUCAAUCAAUAGAGUUGUCAACAAAAAUGUCAUAUUUACAGUGACGUAUAAGAACAGGAAUCCUGUUUUGGCAAUAAUGAAGUAUGACAUCACAAUGUGCUUAGAGUACAUUGUUAAAGAAAAAAUCAAUGACAAUCCAGAGUUUGAUGUUGAGGCAUACAAACUAGCAGUUUUGAAAAGACACCUCUUUAACUAUGCUCUGUCUAUACAGAGUGGUACACAAAAAGCAACUGUUGUACGUCAUGUUGUGGUUUAUGAACAAAUGUGUUUCUGCCAAUUUGUUCAACAAGAAAACCAAUAAACUCAUUAGGUCUACUAUACUAUAGUAGGUCAAGUAUUCUCUAGAGGAUUUUUUCUCGAGUAGGUGCAAAAUUGUCAUUUUCACAAUUUUUUAGUGUAUUCAAAGGGGGGAGGGGCAGUGGCAGAUAUGGAAGCUUAUAAGGG